CAUAAAAAGAGACUUUAAAAGAAUUCUUCCCCCGUGGACGGCGCUUUGCCUUUUUUUUGGAACGUGAUGACGUCGUAUCGGAGCUCGUGCAGGUUUCGCGCGCCCCCCCCCCGCGCGCGCGGUCCGUUGGGUUUAAAAGGACGUUCUUUUGUUUUUUGAACGAUCGGCCGUUUUUGUUUUGGGGAGGGGGUGAAAAAAAAACGGUUGGUUUUAGUUUUUAAUUUGUGAGGAGGAGGGGUCGGGGGGGUCGGCUCGAGGUGGGGAAGAAAGCAGCCAGGACCGGGAGCUGACCUUUCACCUUCGUGGCCCAACAAGAUGGCGGCGCUAGUGAGCCAAGUGAGGUCCCAGCUCAGGACAGUGGCAGUGGUCCACAGGGCUCUGUUGAAUGCAAUUCCACAUCAGAGAGUGUUGCAACCAGUUCAACAGCCUUUCAGUACAGGAUCAGACCAGACUACGUUCGACCUCAUCUCUCGCUAUAAGGAGCGCCCGUGGGAAUAUCUGCAGAGUGAAGAAUACAUUGAGCGUUAUGGAAAACAGCCAGUCUGGGCUGACUAUCGGAGGAACCACAAAGGUGGCAUCCCACCUCAGAAGACCCGGAAAACCUGCAUCAGAGGGGACAAGAUCAGUGGCAAUCCUUGCCCCAUAUGUCGAGAUCCGAAGAUUCAGGUUGAUCACAGGAAUGUGAAGCUGUUGGAACAGUUCAUUUGUCCUCACUCUGGUACCAUGUAUCAUCCAACCAGAACUGGUGUUUGUAUGAAACAAUACAAGAAGUUGACCAAAGCAAUACAAGAUGCUAAGGAUCAUGGUUUGCUUGGAUUCCAAGUCCCAUACAUUGAGAUCAAUCUGAAUGAUUACGCUGGCUCACAUGGGGCAGUGGGAAAGACCCCAUCCCCACCCAAGCAGGAGGGACCUUGGUACAGCUGGUACCAGUGGCAGGAUCCACCUGAGAAGGAGAUUACUCGGAUUCGCAAGAUUUACAAACCCUUCCUGAAAGACAGCAUUGCUCAAACCUCAACCAAAACAACACUUUCAAAUGAUCCCAGCACCAACUGAUGAAGCCAUGUGGGUAUGGUUUUCUGGAGCAUUGAACUAAUGUUGUUUCUGAAUAAAAUGUGAAAACACUCA